AGCCCGAGCGAGGAGGAAUCAGCCUGCCGAGCUCUCGCCCUGGAGAAAAUGGAGCCCAGCAAGAUGGCGCCUCCCAAGAACGCUCCUAGAGAUGCCUUGGUGAUGGCACAGAUCCUGAAGGAUAUGGGGAUCACUGAGUAUGAGCCAAGGGUCAUAAAUCAAAUGUUGGAAUUUGCUUUCCGAUAUGUGACUACAAUUCUGGAUGAUGCAAAAAUUUAUUCAAGUCAUGCUAAGAAACCUACUGUUGAUGCAGACGAUGUGAGACUGGCAAUCCAGUGCCGGGCUGACCAGUCCUUUACCUCUCCUCCCCCACGAGAUUUUUUACUAGAUAUUGCAAGGCAGAAAAAUCAAACGCCUUUGCCACUGAUUAAGCCAUAUGCAGGACCUAGACUGCCACCUGAUAGAUACUGCCUAACAGCUCCAAACUAUAGGCUGAAGUCCUUAAUUAAAAAGGGACCUAACCAAGGAAGACUAGUGCCUAGAUUAAGUGGUGUUAGUAGCAGACCUGCUACUCCUAAUGUAGCACCCCCACAAGCAGGAUCUGUCCCAAAUAAAGUUCCAACUCCAGUGUCAGUGACAAGCCAAAGAUUUGCAGUGCAGAUUCCACCUUCUCAGUCCGCACCUACCAAACCAGCUCCUGCAACGACUACAGUCCAAAAUGUUCUGAUUAAUCCUUCAAUGAUUGGGUCCAAAAAUAUUCUCAUUACUACCAACAUGGUUUCCUCACAGAACACAGCCAGUGACUCAAAGCCACUGAAGAGGAAGCAUGACGAUGACGAUGACAGUGACACUAUGUAAAGAAUAAAGUCUGUUCUACAGACAUUAAAAUUUUAGUGCGUUUAGGCCCACAUGGUGGACUGAACAGCCUAGGUCUCAAGUUUUAUCUUAGAAAUGUAGUAGCAGUAUUUUUCACAUUAGCUACACAUGAUAAGUUUCAUUGCGUUCAAAUGUUUUCUCAGUAUGCUUUAGAUAUACAAGUCCUUGUUUCUAGACAGCUUUAGUCUCACUAUGGCAAUUCUAUUUUUAGAAGCAGUUUUGUGCCAUGACUGACAGCAGCACUUGGAUUCCAGUUCCUAGUCUCAUUUACAUUUAAGCAUGACUUUCUUGUUAGGUCAACUAUUCACAUUGUCACCUUUGUGGCCAAAUCUCUCAAUCUAGUAAACUUUUUUGAAACAGUGGAUUUAGAAGGGUCCUAAAUCCAUUUUGAAUGUAUUUGGGUUUGGUCUUUUCUAGUCCCCACCUCAGCUACCUAUCUAGAUGCCAUUUAGUUUCUGUUCCCACCUCUCAUCGCCUUAUGUCACUUGCCAUUGCACUUAAAUUUAAGACUGUAACUGGAAUUUGUAAAGCACCUUACAUUUUGUAGUUCACUUGAACCUGGGUGUCUGCAUUUGCUUGUUCACUCCAUAACAGCACAGGGAGGUCUCGGCCCUUACCUGUCAUGCCUGCUAGGCUUUACUCUCUGAUAUCAGUUACAUUCAGUUGCAUUCCAAGUUGACAGCCUCACCACCAUCUUUCAUGUUUAUAAUUUUUUUAGCAGACAUAUUGUAAAAGCUGCCUUAGUAAGUAAUUUACACUGGACCUAGAUAAAAACCACUGAAAUCUAGUAUUUUUGUUGUUUCCUUAUUCUUCCACCUGCAUAUAUGCUAUGAUCACUACUGAUUGAACCUGUCUAAUUGGUUUCAUUAAGAUCAUCUUGCUGCUGAGAACGUCACACGUAAGAUCAAGCCUGAAAGUAAAGAGUCUAAUCAUUCUCCUUCCUCCUAAGGCCAACAGGGAAAACAGAUUAGUGUCACAUGACCUACAGAAAUUUCCCAACCAUGUGUUUCUAAACACUUUCUAUUUUGUUUUUAUACAUACCUACAAGACAAACUGGGGAAGACUGCAAAGCUUUUUUGAGUAUAAAAAACCAUUGUUUAGCCGGGCGGUGGUGGCGCACGCCUUUAAUCCCAGCACUUGGGAGGCAGAGGUAGGCGGAUCUCUGUGAGUUCGAGACCAGCCUGGUCUACAAGAGCUAGUUCCAGGACAGGCUCCAAAGCCACAGAGAAACCCUGUCUCGAAAAACCAAAAAAAAAAAAAAAAACCAUUGUUUGAUUUGGUGGGAUUUAAGUUCUAUUUAGCCAAUACUGGAAAAAUGUAAGCGAAGUUCCCAAAACCUCCAAAUUAUUAAAUUUUAUAGCCAUGGGUCAUCAAACUUACUAAGUAUUGGCACAGGAUGGUGUUUGACACAAGAAUAGUACAGUCACUCGUCCCGGUUUGUAUGUUUAGGAAUGUUACGGAAGGUUGAUCUGAUCAGUAUCACAAGAGAAAUGUGCAUUCUACAGCACUCACAUCACUACUUGAAUGUUCUCAGGGAGGCAGAAUACUCGGCGGCCUGGCUUCCAGUACUAGUUUCAUUACCAACAACGUGACCUUACUUUACCUCUGAGCCUUGUUCACUAGUAAUGGGAAAUACUACCCUACCCUGCCUACCUCACAGGGAUGUUGUGAGGGUUUAGCUGGUGUGUGUGAGAGAAAGUUCAAGAUUGUAAAAUCUAUAAGUAAUUAUUAAUGUAUUUGUUGCAAGAUUAUUAAUAAAAAUUUAACUUUA